AUGGCCUUCCUAAUCCUCGUAAUCGGUGACCUCCACAUCCCAGACCGGGCCCUGGACAUUCCCGCCAAAUUCAAAAAACUCCUCGCCCCCGGCAAGAUCUCCCAAACCCUCUGCCUCGGCAACCUAACCGACCGCUCCACCUACGAAUACCUCCGCACCAUCGCUCCGGACCUCAAGAUCGUUCGCGGGCGGAUGGACGUCGAAGCGACCUCCCUCCCCUUAACCUCCGUCGUCACGCACGGCAACCUCCGCAUCGGCUUCCUCGAAGGAUUCACCCUGGUGUCCAACGAACCCGACCUGCUGCUAGCCGAAGCCAACCGUCUGGACGUGGACGUACUCUGCUGGGGCGGCACGCACAAGUUCGAGUGCUUCGAGUACAUGGACAAGUUCUUUGUGAACCCGGGUUCGGCGACGGGGGCGUUUACUACUACUGCUGCUUCGUGGGCUGUUAACCUCAGCAGCAAUGGAGAAGGACAAAAAGAGCAGGAUAAGGGGUUCGAUGAAGACGAGGAGGUGGUGCCGAGCUUUUGUCUGAUGGAUGUUCAGGGAAUUUCGUUGACGCUUUAUGUUUAUCAGUUGAGGAGGGAUGAAAAGGGGGUGGAGAACGUGGCGGUUGAGAAGGUUACGUAUACGAAACCGGUUGAGCCGACGGGGGCGGGCGGUGCUGCUGCUGGUGCUGGGGCGGCGGCUUCUGGUGCGGCUUCGGUAUCGUCGUCAUGA